GACUAGUGAGACCUCGCAAUGCUUUUCAAAUACGCCCUGUUGAUGGCCAUGCUCGUCCUGGGCCUGGCGCUGGGUUCUUUACCGAAGCUCAAGCGUCCAACGACUCCGAAGAUUCAUAGCUUGGAGCAACAGUCAGAGCUUCUUUCCGUCCAGAAUCCCUCGAGGACGCAAAUUUGUUUUGGCUACUAUGGACCCAAGCUAAAUACAGUUUCCAGCAAAUACGAGUUUGAUUAUUUGGCGUGCACCGACUCCUUCGAGAAGUCUAGCCAGGCGAUAUACUGCAACUGGAACAGUACGCUCUAUGGACUAGCAAGCCAAGCAGACUAUGGAUGCAAUACCUUCGCCGACUGCUCUACAAUUGUUGAUUAUGUGGAGGCCUUUGAGUGCUUCGCCAGAUGGGGGGCCCAAGAGUCCAAGACGAUGUAUGCAAUUUCGGCAAACGCCACAGAAUCGGCUGCCACCAUUCAGAUGCAACUACAGACGAAGGAGAACCAGCUGGCUAUAUGUGUGAAUGAAGCUGACAGAUACUUCGUGGAGGAUACAACCGCCAUGUAUGAGGAAUUGAACGCCUGCCUCAAUGGUCUCCCAGUGGGCUAUACUACAUCUGCACCCACAACUAUUAUAGAUUAUCAAACGACAGGAUUUUAGUGUAACCAACUUGAAGAGUAACAAAUAAA